UGUGUGUGUGUGUGAGAGAGAAAAGAUGAAUCAGGAAAAAAAAGACGUCAGCCACAUCCUGAGAAGGAUUACGUUCUCAAACUUCACAAAUGUCCUCUUACUGUAUUUCACAGCCAUGCUGUGUGUGUGUGUGUGUUUCCUCUUCACUCUGCAGACGGGGGGAGGACUGAGCGAGUCCAACAGACAGACACACAGACCGAAUGAAGCUGCACCUGGUGCUUCUGACAGAUCCUCCUAUGUUUUGAUUUGCUCCGUUUUUUUACCUUCUGAACCCGGUUCCGCCGAGCUGCUCUCAGCCAUGCCGUCCAACAGUCCUGCAGCCGCUGAGCCGCCGGAGACACCGGAGAACGACAUCGCCAACGACGUGAAGGAAGAUGGAGCGGACCACGACAGUCCAGAGGAGGGGACACUGUCGAGCCCCCGCACCAAGCGCAGAGUGGGUCGUCCCGGCAGGAAACGCAAACAGCUGCUUCCUGAGAUGGCGACCUCUGACCCCUGUGUAAACGCCCCCCCAACCCCGCCUGAGGAGCCGGAGUCCUCCCCCUCCCCUCGCAAGAAGCGUGGGCGUCGAAAACUAGAGCAAACCAAGAAGAAUAAGGACGAGCCAGACGACAGAAACUGCGACUCCCCCGGAGAGAGUGAGGCCGGCAGGCUGCGGAGGAGGCCAGUCCCCAGAGUGACUUUCCAGGCCGGAGAUCCGUACUACAUCAGCAAGAGACAGAGAGAAGAAUGGCUGAGCCGCUGGAAGAUGGAGGCAGAGCGACGGGCGUACAGAGAGGCGGAGAUAAACAUGAUGGACGAUCUAUCAGAAGGCGACUUUCAGAAGGAGGAGGAGUCAGCCAGCCCAGCCCCUCCCCCUUCACAACAACAAACAGCCCCCACCUCACCAACAGUUGCCGUGACACCGGAGCCAGUUGCCAGGGCAGAAAGGCCCACGCCCAGGGAGAUAGAGUACCAGGAUGACCGGGGGUUCGGCAUCGGCGUGCUGGUGUUCGGGAAGCUGCGGGGUUUCUCCUGGUGGCCCGGCAGAAUCGUCUCCUGGCUGAUGAGCGGCCGAAGUCGAGCUGCGGACGGGACUCGCUGGGUGAUGUGGUUUGGAGACGCCAAGUUCUCAGUGGUUUGUGUGGAGAAGCUGAUGCUUCUGAGCUCUUUCUCAUCUGCCUUCCACCAGCCCACCUACAACAAACAGUCCAUGUACCGGAAAGCCAUCUUCGAGUCUCUGCAGGUGGCCAGUGAGCGGGCGGGGAGGCCAGUUCCUUCCUGUGACGCGAGCGAUGAUGCAGAUGGGGUGGAGAUUCAAACCCGACAGAUGAUAGAGUGGGCCAUGACCGCCUUCCCACCCAAGGGUCCACUAUCACUGGAGCCUCCGGAGGAGGAACGAAAUCCAUACAAGAAGGUGUACCCAGAGAUGUGGUCGGAAACCGAGGCAGCGUACAUGCCUCCACCCACCAAGAAACAACGCAAGAACUUAGCUGAAAAAGCAAAGAUCAAAGAGGUGAUCGACGAAGGGACCCGAGAGAGACUCGUAUGUGAGAUCAAGGAGAAGACCAGGAACAUAGACGAUAUCUGCAUCUCCUGUGGAAGCCUCAACAUCUCUGAGGAGCAUCCUCUCUUCGGAGGAGCGUUGUGUCAGGGCUGCAAAAACUCGUUCCUGGAGUGUGCCUACCAGUACGACGAUGACGGCUACCAGUCCUACUGCACCAUCUGCUGUGGAGGCAGGGAGGUGCUCAUGUGUGGCAACAACAACUGCUGUAGGUGUUUCUGUGUGGAGUGUGUGGACCUGAUGGUCGGCCCUGGCUCGGCGGCGAUAGCCAUCAAAGAAGACCCCUGGAGCUGCUUCAUGUGCGGCCCCCGGAACACCUAUGGGUUGCUGCGGCGGCGAGACGACUGGCCCUGCAGACUACAACACUUCUUCGCCAACAACCAUGAACAGAACUUUGAGCCAGCCAAGCUGUAUCCUCCUGUUUCAGCUGAGAAGAGGAAACCAAUCAGAGUUCUCUCCCUAUUUGACGGCAUUGCCACAGGUCUGUUGGUGCUGAAGGAUCUGGGCAUGCAGGUUGGCAAGUACGUGGCGUCCGAGGUGUGCGAGGACUCCAUCACAGUGGGCAUGGUCCGACACCAGGGCCGCAUCAUGUACGUGGGCGACGUGCGCAGCAUGACACGCAAACAUAUCGAGGAGUGGGGACCCUUUGACCUGGUGAUAGGAGGAAGCCCCUGCAACGACCUCUCCAUCGUCAACCCAGCGAGGAAAGGCCUCUUCGAGGGAACAGGUCGAUUGUUCUUUGAGUUUUACCGCCUGUUGCACGAGGCUCGACCAAAAACGGGCGACGAUCGUCCGUUCUACUGGCUGUUUGAGAACGUGGUCGCGAUGGGAGUCAGUGACAAACGGGACAUCUCCCGCUUCUUAGAGUGUAACCCCGUGAUGAUCGACGCCAAAGAGGUCUCUGCUGCCCACCGCGCUCGCUAUUUCUGGGGAAACCUGCCAGGCAUGUCCAGACCUCUGGCCGCCAUGAUGAAUGACAGGCUGGACUUACAGGACUGCCUCGAGCACGGGCGCACCGCCAAGUUUGAGAAGUUGCGUACGAUAACGACACGCUCCAACUCUGUGAAGCAGGGGAAAGACGAGCAUUUCCCCGUCUUCAUGGAAAGCAAGGAGGACAUCCUCUGGUGCACCGAGAUGGAAAGGGUGUUUGGGUUCCCUGUCCACUACACCGACGUGUCCAACAUGAGUCGUCUCGCCAGGCAGAGGCUGCUGGGUCGGUCCUGGAGCGUCCCCGUCAUCAGGCACCUCUUCGCCCCGCUCAAAGAGUACUUCGCCUGCAACUAGUCACAAACCAACUCUCUCUCACACACACACACACACACACACACACACACACACAUACAGUAUAUAAUGACAGACACACAGUAUAGAGCUUGUACAUGAAGGUUGGCUGACACAGGACCGGGCACACACACACACACACACACACACACUGUAAAGGUCUGCUUCCCUAGAUAUCAUGUAGACCACUGACUGAUCAUAGUCCCCAGGUGCUACCUUGCUGAUUUACACACACACACACACACACACACAAACUGGUGCAGGGUUUCUGUAAUGUCUUCACACAAACUUCCUGUCCGACCUUGAAACUGAUGUCUUCUAGCUUUACUGUGUCAUAGCAGCUGGAGUACGACCCCCCAGGGGGCCCAGAGCUCACGAAGAAGCCCUAACCUUCUGUUCCCUUGAAUCAACAAACGUCUGACCCAAAACACGUCACUGUGCUCACGUAGAGUGACGGCGCUGCUGGUGUGUUACAGUGCAAUGAACACACAUACACAAACACAAGCAGCAGUUCAUGCUCAUGGUGCUGGUCAGGCAGGGAUAAAGUCCAAAUGGUGCAACUUUAAUACAACACUUUUAGAGUUUCUGGUGCCCGUGGAGACGGGGCGGCGGUCUCUGGUUGUUUCGGUCGCACCGUUUUGAGUCCCUAAUUUAGCUCACAAGCAGGUGGGGGCAACGCUAAGCAAGAGACGUGGAUUAUUAAGCUCUAUAUAUUUAUCAAAUUUUGUGAGAGGCAGUGUCCAAAAAAAUAGUAAAUAUGAUCAAAUAGAUUCAUAUUUAGUGAAUCAGACUGUAAUUUGUUUUGUUGCUUUUGUUGGAAAAGCUGCUCCGGAGUAACAAAUCAUUAACAAAUAUAAUUCUGAGGUUCGUGUUGUAAAAUAAUACAAACAAAAGGUCUUCGUCUUCUCCUGAGAGAGACCACGUUUCUCUGAAAUCUUGUCGGUCAUAACCGAAAUAUGAAAAUGAUAUAUAUAAAUAUAUAUAUAUAUAUAUAUGCGGUAUUCUGCACACUUGUAGCAUUUGAACACACUCGCAUGUGUGUUGCCUUGGUUACUGUUACGUGUUGCUCCAUGGAUGUUGUUCACUGUGUUCAUCGUAAUAGAGCAAACCUUUACUGUACGUCACUUUAGUUCUCACGCCACUCGCCUGAGAGAAGCUUCAGACGGACAACACUUUGGCCUCGGAGGUCGGACGUUACAAUUAAUAUCGGCGUAAAGUUCCAGGAAACACAUCUGGAUCUUAGACCGUAACAAACCGUCGCCGACUUGUUUCAUUUGACUUAUUCUGCGGUGAAGAGAAACACUCCUGGUGAAGUUUGUGUUCAGAUCAUCUAGUUCUGUGACAUGAGGCUGUGAAGUCGUCCGGUUGGUUUUGACCCUCUGGACGAGGCAGUGAGUGAAGGUCGCGACCUUUAGCAUCGUGAACACCUGCCAACGUCAUUUCAUUUUUAGUUUGCUCGCUAUUUAAAGGAUUGGAGAUUGCAUCUUUAUUUUAUAUACAAUAUAUGUAUUGUUAAUGGCAUUGUUAAAUACACGCACGCAUAACUUUUUACGACGCUGCUAUGACAACUAGGCACAGUCCUCCGGCUCUUGCGGUUACGCCCCCACUUUGCUUCUUAGGGAUCCAAAAUGUCGACGUCCAGUGGCACCAGAGCCGGGCCUUCACUCUGUCGACACGAUGCCGGUUUUCUACUUCCUACGACUGAGACAGACCGCCCUGUGUGAACGACGGAGGCUUCCUUAUAACCUAUGCCUGUGUCAGGGUUUCCUCUGCCUGUUUGCCCAAAUGCAUGCUGGGAUAAACUCUGUGACCUUGAAUAGGAAUAAGCAAGUGAAGAAAAAGGCUCGUCAUGAUAUAGAAAUGUCUCCAAGACUUUCUCACACACACAGAUUGUGUGUGUGCGUGUGUGUGUGUGUGUGUGUGUAUGGACGUCCCUUUAUUCCGGUGUCUUGUUGACACAGGGCUGUCUUUAGAGCAAACAUCUCUUUCAGUCUGGUGCUCUUGGUCGUCAGGUGACCAUCUUUUUCCAGGAAGCCAUCCGAUCCUCUGACCUUCCUCAGAUACCAGCGAACAACUGGACACACACAGUCUAUGCUGACACACACACACACACUCACACGGUUACAAAAAACCAACAAUAAACCAGCAGGUUUAACGUUUUAAUCCAUCAUGUUUACUCUUCGAUUAUACAACCAACCUUCAGGUGCUUUUUAAACUCUUUUUUACAGCCGAUUGCAGGUGACACACACACACACACACACACACACACUUGCUGGAAACAUAGUGACACUCACGCUAUCUCUACACUCAUUUUAGCUAUGAAAAAUCUACACACACACACACAUGCAUACACACUGUGUUGUUGCCGGGUGUGACGUCAUUAACCUGCGUCCCAACCCCCCCUCCCCUCCCCUCCCCCCGAACCCCUCCGGUGCUGCAUGUCAGUGUAAUCUCCGAUUCCAUGUUAGAUUAGGGAGUAAUGAUGAUAAUAAUAAUCAUGGUAAUAAUAAUUACAAUAAUAAUCUGUUAUUGUGUGUGUGUACUGUUCCAGGUUGGUGCUUAGUUCAGUUCAGUCUCAGCCCAGAGGGGAGAGAGCAAGGCUCGAGAAAGCAUAUAUUACAGUUAGCAUAGUGACUUGUUCUAUUGUACCCAAGGAUGCCGGAAGAGAUGUUGAACCGAAGAGCUGAUGGACUCUCGAACAACGGCGAGUUGAAAUAACGCGGAAGGAAGCGUGCGCUGUCGGCAGGUUGAUGUGAAACUAUCAAUAUUAUUAAUCAAUAAACACCCAAGAUUACGUCUGAAAGGAUCCGGGGGAGAACUCUCUCCUUUUCAGAACAGUGUUUAUUUGCACAUGUUAGAAUCAAAACAAAUGGCAGACAAAUAACGGGAGGUUCAAAACCUCUCACGGGGUGCUAAAAUAACUCUGAGGGGUCACCAGAUGAUUUAAGGAUUAAAGAAUAACAUUUAUCACAGAAAAGUGUUAUUUUUUCGUACUUAAAAACGUCAUUUUGGGCUUUUCUUUGCUUAAUAUUGAAAACCCUGACCUCCUCUGGGCCUAUAGGACUCCCCCUGAAGGAGACAAACACAACAGCGUGAAGGAGGCAGAACAGAAAUAGUUACUCUGUUAUGUCUUAAUAAACAAAGAGAGAUUUCACUCCGGAUGCCAUUUUAAAUAAUGGCUCCUACAUGGAGUCAUAUCCGACAUGUGAAAUUGGAUCUCUCUUUAGUGCUAAGGAGAUGUUUGGAAAAAGGAAGCAUUGAAAUGCUUUCUCGUCUUUAAAUUGAAUUUCGUAGAAUAGUAUAUACUAUACAUGAAACUCGUUUCCUGAAGUAAUGAGCAAGUGGAAAAACAACGUCUCCUCAUUUCCGCGUAAUUUCCUCCCGAGUAGCCUAAAUUUGAGAGGAGUCCAUCCUUUUAAACGAUGUGUGACGCGAUGGUGAUGUUUCUGUUCGCCUAUCAACAGCUUUUAGGCUGAACGAUGCGCUGUUUUCAACACUGAUACAUUCACAAACACAUAAAGCACACAUACUCACACACACACACACACACACACACACACACACACACACACACACACACACACACACACACACACACACAGGGUUAUGAACAGACAGACGCACAGACGCAUGCAUCACACCGACAGAGCUGGAGCGGUGGCGCAUGCAGACUCUCAUCUCAUGGACUAGAGGGAUUCCCAAAGUGUGGUGCGCGCACCCCUGGGGGUGCGCGAGCUGUCUCUAGGGGGUGCGCGAGAGGAAAAAUGUAAUGGUGGUCUAAUGGUGUAAUAAUUAAGAUACGUCGAUCGUGGUCGCGGCAGAGCUCCGACGCCGGUCUGCACCCCGUCUGCACCCCCCCGUCAACAAUCCUUCUCGGCUCGCGCGCGACUCCCACGAGCACCCCCCCCCCCCCCCCCCCGUCAACAACUCUUCUCGGAGUUGGGGGUGCGUGAACCCGGUCGGGAUGUAGAAGGGGGUGCGUGGCCUAAAAAGUUUGGGAACCCCUGGACUAGAGGGAAGACGAGCGUGAGAGAAAAGGACCUGGUGGUGUUUCAAAAAGGUGCUACAAUUUUAUCUGAAAAAAAGAAAAGUAUAUUGUUAGGAGUAUAAAUCAAGUUUGUCUUUACAAUGACUGUAUUUAAGUUUGUCGUAGUAAUGAAAAGGCACUAUUAUUAUUUUACUCUUGUAUGAAUAUGAACUAAUUAAAAAGGCAUUUUAACUUUGUACUUGAACAAUGUAAGAAAUGAACCGUGAAUAAUAAAAAGGACUGUCUCUUGUGA